AUGCCCGCGGAGGAAAAAGCAACUUGUCCGUCCCUCGUCACGCGAGCAUGGUGCGCGCCGCGGCUCAUUCAGCCGCAGUGGAGAGACUGUUGCAUGUCGCCGUGCCGCCUCUUAUCGCCGAGGUCUGGUUUCCGCUGCUGCUGCGCGGCCCCUCCCCCGCCCGCCCAGCCCCGCCAGGAAGCCCGGGGCGGACUCGCCGAGCCCGGAGCGCGCGCGGCGGCGGAGCGACGCGCCUCGGCCCCCGGCCCGCGCCCUCCCGCCCCGGCCUCGGCCGCACGCGCGCCCCGCAGCCCGGCAGGGUCCGCCGGGGCCGCCCCUCGCCGCUCGCCCGCCGGCGCUGGCCGCGGAGGGAAGCCAGAGCCGGCCCCGGCGCCGCGCAUCCCCUCGCCCGCCCGUUGGUAUCUUCCAGCUCGUGCGUCCAACCUCGUAACUCGCAGCUACGGGCACGGGCGACGCGGCCCGCUACUCGCGCCCCUCCGGGCAGCGGGCGCCCCGGCGGGUCGGUGCGGGAAGAGGCCCCGGGCUGGGGCGCGGCGGGGAGACCGGCAGGGGCGGACAGAAGGUUGGAUCAGGUCUGACUUAAACCCUGGCAGCUGGCGCGGCUGCCGCCUUCAAAUGCGCCGCACAGUUUUUGAACCUGGAGGGCUAACGGGCAGGAAAACCUUCGGCGAGAAACGUCUUCCUCGAGUAACAGAUGUCCACGGUUUGGGAAUUCCUUGAAAAGACGGAUUGUGACACAAGCACAAACACAUAACCAGCUUCCCUUCUAGUUUGCAAAUAGUUAGAAUUUAAAACCCUCUAUAUUCCCAGCUCUGCCUCAUGUGAUUUAUAGAAAGCAAAGUUCCUUACUUAAAAAUAGAAUACUGUUUUCUGAAAUACUGGAAUAUUCUUAGGCAAAUAAGCCAUUUUUUUUAACGACAGGAAGAAAUAAACUCCAGCCCCAAAUCAUAACUCGCAGGGUGCUGUAGGAUGUUAUUCGACUUCACCCCCUUGAAUGGAAGGAGUCCCGAGCUGCUGUGAUGUAAUAAAGUUUAAGAGGUUUGGGGGCGGGGUUUCCUUUGAAUUUAAAGGGUGUUCAUAACUUGUUCAAGGAUGAUUCUCAUUAAAAGUGUUUGUUCACGUUUUAGACACACGAUUUGGGACAAAAUGCUGGAUAUGUGCAACGUUCUUCCUGCAGAUUUGUUAUUAUUGUGUUGAAGAGGGCGGAGCUGGCUUAAGAACAAAAAAACAUCCAAAGGUACUCAAUAAAAUACAGACUACC